CUCAAGACCUGCGGGCCGCUGGAGCGGCCUGCAUCGGACAGGCAUGCUCGGCCCCGUCCCAGAUUCCGCGGCGCCGAAAGCCCUAGCUGCGGCGGAGCGGAAUCUCGCUCAUGUGGUCGCGGCGGUGGGGGUGCCGAUAAUCGGCGUCGACACCAAGGGCUUCGUGAACGAAUGGAAUCCCAAGGCCGAGGAGCUGUCUGGCUAUUUGAAGAAGGAUGUGGUCGGCAAGGACCUCAUCCAGGAGUUCGUCGGUGACGACAGCAAGGUGCGAGUGCAGCGGACUCUUUAUCAGGCUUUGCUCGGUCAGGAGACCGUAGGCUUCCAGCUCCCCCUUCUCACUAGCAGCGGCAAGUGCACCGAGAUGCGGCUGGCUGUGGCGGCGAUGCGAGAUGGCAGCGAGAUUGUCUCAGGUGUGAUGUUCAUGGGCCAGGACAUCCCUCAGACGAGUUCUCCAGUGGUCCACAGUGGUGGCGACACCAUCGACGACAUGACGAGGCUGAUGGACGUCGCGAGCGUGCCAACCUUCGCGCUCGACAGGGAGGGCCGCAUCACGGAGUGGAGUCAGACGGCGGCCGCGACGUCGGGGAGGCCGAGGGCUGAUGCGGUGGGCCAGCCGCUGCUGAAGAGCUUCGUCGACCCCGGCGAUCGGGACGACGUCAGCAGGGCGCUGAGCGAGGCGAUGGAGG